GUCCUUUCAGUCAUCUUGUAGAUAUACCCAGUGAAUACGUAAAAUCUAAAUUUUCUUUUCCUCACUGAUUUAUGGCAGCCAAUUUGCUGAGGUUGGGACUGGCAAAGCGAUUUCUUCCUUCGCUGUCUCUCAGGAGGGGUGUUCAUGUGUCGGUCUACGACAAGAAUCUAGAGGAGCAUGUCCACUCAACCGUGGUGCCUGACUAUUUAAUCCUACCCGAAUCUGACAAAUAUUGGGGUCCUCACCCUCAGACCGGGGUUUUUGGCCCUACAACCGAUCACAACCCGGCUACACGCGGUUUUCACUCCUCAUCGAUGAGUGCUAGUGGCGAUUCAGUGUUGGAGCAAAAGGCCUUUUUUCGCCCUCUCGAGGAUUUGGAGAAGCCACCCCACCCUUGAAUUGCAGGGGAAAACUAGAAAAAUGCCUUACAAAUAAGUUUAGUUUGGUGAAUGGGUUUGCCCUAGUAGUGAUCUGUGUAUGUGUGGGUGAAGUUCAAUGAAUACCGCUCUAAUGUUCAUAUUUUCGUAGAUUUUGCUUAUAAUGCUUUUGCUUUAUUUAUAUAUUGUGUGUCUAAUGCUGGUGCUGCCUAUCCUCCAAAUUUUUUAUAUUUGAAUCAAAUUUAAUCGA